CUCCCAUUUACAUCCUUUCUCUUCCUCUCCUGUUCUUCUGCCCUCCCCAGCCCUUAAACACACACAUAUCCCUCAGCAGUGAUGGCAUGCGUUCAGCGGACGCAGUUGGCUAAGCCCAGAGCAUCUGCUGAGAUACACGAACGCUCCUGACAUAGCUUCACACGAUGUGUGUGUCUCUCGUGCACAAGCCUCGUGUGCUGAGAUUGCAUGCCUGUGUGUCAGGCGCUAUCGAUCGCUGCUGUAUACGGUGUCUGAACCGUGUAUUUAUGAAUGAAUGUGUAGCAUAGAUUUGUCUGCACGUGGUUGCGUGCAUCCCUGUCUGCUUGCCUGCACACAUGAAUCCAGUCGUGUGUGUGCGUGUGUGUGUGAGAGAGAGACUAUGUGCACAAAACUUCAGGAAGUACAUGGAUUAACAUGCCUGAAGCUGUUUGUGUGUGCACGUGUGCACUAUAAUAGACAGACUGCAUAUAGGAAUACCCCCCACGCACCCACCAACCCAUCCCCUUUCUCCCCAUGUGCCUCCCAAACCCUUCAUUAACUAAACAUGACCCUUAAGAGCAUGAUUAGCCUCAUUUCGAGACAGGAUGUCGGAAGCCAUCAACCGAGGGGGAAAAAAUCCAUUACUAUAAUUGCAUUGAGCUGAAGGAGGGAGGAGAGAAGGAGGGAAGAAAAGAAGGAUGCAUAGAUGGAUUAAAAAAGAAGAAAAUGAGUGGGACUGAGGGAGGGCCGUCAGAGAUGCUAGGACGAAGUGAGAGAUGGAGAGAGAGACAGAGGAUGGAGAAUGGCUGUUUGGGGGGGUGUCAGCUGAUGGCAGGAACUGAUAUUCUAUAUGAAUCCAUAGUUCUUUCUCGCGGGUUCCCCCUGUGUCUGAGCGCUCAGUUGGUACAGCCCUCCGACAAUAAAACAACCUCCAGCGAGUCUUGAUGUGGCACUUUCACUCGAUUCUCCGGCUCACGCACCAGAGUCACUGGCCUGCUUUGAACGGGGAAAAGGCUGCGAGCGGACCGCCAUGCCGGCUCGACGGGGCACAGGGAACACGCCCCAGCAUGGCGGCCGCUGCUGCUGCCCUGGCACAGUGACACGGUGGGAUGGAGAGGCGAAGAGACGAUGCAAAUGUCCUGGGCUGUCAGAGCCCACGUACCUAGGCUCAGACAAAGAACUGAAAACCAGUUUUUUACUUUUCCUUGUCUCAUCCUGCCCUCUCGUCUGUCUGCCAGACAGGCAGACAGGCUCUCCUCAUGAGGCUUCCUGAAGAACGAGAGGGACAACGCCCUCCUGUCCGCCAUCGAGGAGUCUCGCCGCAGGACGUUCCUGCUGGCUGAAGAGUACCAUCGGGAGUCGAUGCUGGUUCAGUGGGAGCAGGUGAAGCAGAGAGUGCUGCACACGCUGCUGGGAGCAGGAGAAGACGCUCUGGACUUCAGUCAAGACGUGGAGCCCAGCUUUGUGAGUGAGGUGACCGCUCCAGGAAGAAGUGCGCUGGACAGCGUGGAGGUGGCCUACGGACGCCAGAUCUACAUUUUCAAUGAGAAGAUAGUGAACGGUCACAUUCAGCCUAAUCUGGGAGAUUUAUGUGCUUCAGUAGCAGAAAGCCUGGACGACAAGAACGUGUCAGAGUUGUGGCUGAUGGUGAAGCAGAUGACAGACGUGUUGUUGGUUCCAGCCAAAGACACUCUGAAGAGUCGCACUAGUGUUGAAAUGCAAAUGGCCUUUGUGCGCCAGGCACUUGCUUUCCUUGAGAACAGUUAUAAAAACUACACCAUGGUGACUGUCUUUGGGAACCUCCAUCAGGCCCAACUAGGAGGGGUGCCUGGAACAUACCAACUAGUGCGCAGCUUCCUCAACAUCAAGCUACCAGGGCCUCUGCCUGGCAUGCAGGACGGCGAGAUAGAAGGCCACCCGGUGUGGGCUGUGAUCUACUACUGCCUGCGCUGUGGCGACCUGCAUGCAGCCAUGCAGGUGGUGAACAGAAUGCAACAUCAGCUGGGAGAUUUCAAGACCUGGUUUCAGGAGUACAUGAACAGUCCUGACAGACGACUUUCCCCGACUUCAGAGAACAAGCUUCGCUUGCACUACCGCAGAGUGCUGAGAAACUGUGCCGAUCCAUACAAGAGAGCUGUCUACUGCAUGAUUGGGAAAUGCGACAUCAAUGACAACCACGGCGAGAUAGCAGACAAGACUGAGGACUACCUCUGGCUUAAGCUGAACCAGGUGUGUUUCGAUGAUGACGGCAGCAGCUCUCCUCAGGACAGACUCACCCUGCCACAGCUACAGAAACAGCUGCUGGAAGACUAUGGCGAGUCCCAUUUUUCUGCGAGCCAGCAGCCCUUCCUGUAUUUCCAGGUGUUGUUCCUGACGGCUCAGUUUGAGGCGGCGGUGGCUUUCCUGUUUCGAGUCGAGCGACUCAGGAGUCACGCCGUGCACGUGGCGUUGGUCCUGUAUGAGCUACGGCUGCUGCUGAAGUCCACCGGUCAAAGCGCUCAGCUACUGAGCCAGGAGCCCGGUGACCCUCCCAUGGUGCGUCGGCUCAAUUUUAUCCGCCUGCUCAUGCUCUACACUCGCAAGUUUGAGUCCACGGAUCCACGAGAAGCGCUGCAGUAUUUCUACUUCCUGCGCAAUGAAAAAGACAACCAGGGCGAGAACAUGUUCAUGCGCUGUGUCAGCGAACUUGUCAUUGAGAGUCGAGAGUUCGACAUGCUUUUGGGCAGAUUGGAGAAGGACGGCAGUAGGAAGCCUGGAGUCAUAGAUAAGUUUGCUGGGGACACCAGAGCUAUCAUCAGUAAAGUGGCUCUGGAGGCCGAGAACAAAGGUCUGUUUGAGGAGGCGGUCAAACUGUACGAGCUGGCCAAGAACUCAGACAAGGUGCUGGAGCUGAUGAAUCGGCUCCUGAGUCCCGUCAUCGCCCAGGUCAGCGCGCCUCAGUCCAACAAGGAGAGGCUAAAAAACACCGCCGUGGCCAUCGCCGAGAGGUAUCGCUCUCAGGGCGUAGCAGGAGACAAGUCGGUCGAUAGUACCUUCUACCUGCUCUUAGACCUGAUGACGUUCUUCGACGAGUACCACGCAGGGCACGUCGACAGAGCGUAUGAUGUGAUGGAGCGCUUAAAGCUUCUUCCGCUCAGUCAGGACAGCGUGGAGGAGAGAGUGGCGGCUUUCAGGAACUUCAGCGAUGAGGUGCGUCACAACCUGUCUGAGGUGCUGUUGGCCACCAUGAACAUCCUCUACACGCAGUACAAACGCCUGAAGGGGGCGCCAGCCGGCACACCGGGACGGCCACAGAGGACUAUGGAGGACAGAGACACGCAACUGCGCGGUCAGGCCAGAGCCUUGAUCACCUUCGCUGGCAUGAUUCCCUAUAACAUGGCCGGGGACACCAACGCGAGACUGGUGCAGAUGGAGUUACUGAUGAACUGAGACGCACACACACACACACGAUGAGCAGAAACCUCUGGGCUUUUGAAGACCGGCUCAUUCACACGCUCACCUGUCAUCUUGUUGUGUAAAAGCCGCGGCGUUCAUCGCCAUGUUGAGCCAUACGUUGGUUUUUUUGCUCAUCUGGAAUCCUGUCAGUCUGUUUUUGUUAUUUCCAUUGUUUUGUUUCAUAUUUGUAUCUGUGAUGAUUUAGAAUAAAAAGUUUGCUUUUCGUUCGUCUUUUUUAUUUUGAAACAUUUUAUGUUUCGUUACAUUUUCUUCCUUUUUUCCUCAUUUGCUUCAUUUUAUUUCAGUGCUACUGUCAAAGUUGUGACAAUAUUAUGUGUUUAAUACGGGAGCCGUUACAUGCAGGCUUAGUCAUCACGCACCUAUAUUAACUUGCACAAAGGAAAUACUGGAGAACACAUCCUGAGAGUGAACUCGUCUAAAACAGAAGGUGCAAACACUUUUGUUUUUUACCCAACAGACUCGAAAUGCUCCAUGUCCCCCCUGAGGGAAUAAAUCAGGUGAAAUCUAAUUGAAUCGUCUCCCUGGGAAACAAAACAAGACCGUUCCUCUCAGCCUUACGCAGUCCCGAGUGUCGCAGGCCAUAGCCGUGCCGUUUCCACAGGCUGUGGAGCGUCCUGUCCCCUGGCAGAUGGUUGGUUGGCUCAAGCUCAGCUAUCGGACUUGGGGGGGACAUUUCUGUUUCCAUCAGAGGGGAAAUCAGUGGAACAAAAGGAGACAUUUUACCGCACGCUGCAGAACGAGUGCGUCCUCGUGAUGCUCGUUCCUUGUGCGUAUUCUCAAAGGAGGUAGUCUUAAAAUAUUUUAUUAGUAAAGAAACCAAAAACUAAUCUUUAACUAAAAAUGUGGACGUUGUUUAACUUUGUGAUACGUUUGUAUGCAAAGUUCCUUCAAAUCUUUUGUAAGGGCUUCUGUGGUAUGCGCACCGUAAUCGCCCGGCCGCGCUCCGGCCAGCAUUUAGAACAGCAUCUUAACCACUCCUGCCUUUAUAAGCUACCUGAACUCAGACCGAGCCCCUCCUGGAGCCCCUGUCGAACAUUCAGCAGCACAACCAGACAUCGCUUGAGGUUUGCUAGAAAAACUGGCCCUCCAUCUCCUCUGUUUGUGGCCCACACUCUGUGUCCUUCAGUCUGGCCUGAGAGAACACAGAUGGAGGCUCAUUCUGUCUCUGCUGCUCCACAUAACUGCAGACGAGUCGGAAUCACUCGUGGUCACAAACACAGCUGAGCUGAACGGUAAAGGAGGUCCACGCUGUUGUGCUCGGGCGUCUUUUUGUCUCGCCUUUGCAUUUGUUGUUUUAUCGCCUCCUUAUGUUUUUCCUGCUUACGUCGUCAGGGCCGCGUUAGACUGUAUUGGGCGGUGCAGUCUCUCAGGAAAAUGCUCGUGCGUGUUUUUAAGAGCUCCGUCACCCGAAGAUCUGCCUCUCAGGUGUGUGUGCCGCAGCUGGUGUUGUGAAUCAGGCCGAUGACACACACCUCUUAUAACCCGGCUAUUUCACAACACCAGGGUGGCCCUGCACCGCUGCCGACGAGACGAGGACCCGCUUCAGCCAGACGGAGCAGAGCUGGGAGAGCUCAGUCUUCAGUCCUACAACGAUCAUUUGUGUACUUUGAAAAGGGAAAAUAAUGAUCGUGUUUUUGUCAGUUAAAUCUGCCGAGAUCAUUUUUUCUUUCUUUCUUUUUCAGUUAUUUUAGUCAAAUCCACUCUGAUAUCAGGUACAUCUGCUUGAUGAAAUCUUCCAUAAACUCACCGCGUUGAGCUGUAAAGCAUAAGAUUCCCUCUUUGGUCCAUUAAUAAAGUCCAGUAUGUUUCUGUUCUCUUUGACUGA